AUGUGGAAAAAAAAAAAUUUAUAUAUUUAUUGCUAAAUAUACAAACAACAAAUGGCUGUGUAAAAAUGUCCUAACCUUACGAUGAAAGAACAUAUAUAUACAUAGAUAUAUGUAUAUAUAUUUAUAUAAAAAAAAAAAAAAAUGAAGUUACAGUGAGUACAAUAAUAAAAAAAAAUUAAAAAAUGAUAAAUAAAAUAUAAAUUUAAUUUAUUUAGCAGUGCUGUGUUAUUUGUUGAUAUUAUAGUACAAUAUAUUAAUUAUUUAAAUAAUAAUAACAAUAAUUAGUACAGUGAAAUGCCAAAAAUAAAAAAACUUGAUUCACCGGGUAGUAGUUUAUGGUGGUUACGUCAACGCGAAGUAGGUUUAAAUUCACCAUUAGGUUAUGGUGAUCGUUUUUAUAAAACAUUAUAUUCAUCAAUUCAACCAGUAACGUCCUGGGACCAUGGUAAUAAUUUAAAUAAUGCAAUCCAUGGUGGAGUUUUUAAUCUUGAAUUUUCACCUGACGGCUCGCUACUGGUGGCAGCAUGUGAAAAAAAAAGUAUCCUAAUGUUCGAUCCACUGGGUCGCCGUCUGAUAAAAGCUUUGGAUAACGCUCACAAUGAUUGUGUUAAUUGCGUUAAAUUUCUUGAUCAUCGUAUGUUCGCAACCUGCUCUGAUGAUAAUUCUGUAGCUCUCUGGGAUGCGCGUAAUCUUAAAUACAAAAUUCGUUCACUUCUUGGUCAUACAAAAUGGGUUAAAAGUAUUGAAUACAGCCCCCAAGAUCAGCUUCUUCUUACCAGCGGUUUUGACGGUAGUAUCUAUUCCUGGGACAUCAAUAGCGCUACUGAAAAUAGUCUUCUGUUCACUCAAGUAUUUCAUACAAAUGGUUUAAUGCGUACCCGUUUAACCCCCGACGCUAAAAAAAUCCUAGUCAGUACAACUUCUGGAUACUUAAUUAUUAUUCAUAAUUUACGUUUAAGUUCUUUAGCCCAAGAUCUUGAUGGUUUCAAACCAAAUGUAUACCGUUUGAUGCAAGUUUCACAAACAACAUUACCAGUAGCCGCUAGUUAUACUCAUUUAUUUUCACAAUCACGUAAUUACAAUCGGGUUGAAUUUAUAACCGAUUUUCCUCAAGGUAAUGACGCUGAAUUUAUUUCAAGUCUUCAAGUCCACCCACAAGGUUGGUGUGUUUUGUCACGUAACGUCGGAAAUGAAGAAAAAUCCGAGUAUACUUGCGUUCAUGACAUCCAAGACUAUCAAGUUCCAGUUGUUGAUGAUGAUGAUAAUGACAAUAAACGUGAUUAUGGAUCAUCAAGUGCUGACUUGAGUGGUCUCUAUAAUCUUAAUACAACUGGAACAAGUAGUCCUUCUGCUAAUCCAACUAAUCAAACUGCUACUACUGGAUCAAAUGAUUCUGAUCAAUCAUCAAUACGUUAUUCAUUUGUUAUUGAUAAUCAGAACUCACGAUUAUCUGAAUUACGACCAGAUAAUCGUAUUCCAAAUAAUUUUGAAGUCGUUGCUAUAAGAUCUAAUGUGAAUCCAAACAAUGAUCCACGUGUUCCUGGUAAUUCACAGCAGCAGCAGCAACAGUCACAGCAGGAUCGUCGUAAUCAUCAUCAUGUUUAUAACAAUGGUAAUUUUUCAGCAGCUAAUAUGGAACUACAUGUCAGCUCAACUGAUGUUUGGGAAGCAUUGGUUGCAGUACGCGAAAAUAGAUCAAGACGCGAGCGUGAACUUGAACAAAUAAUAAAUAAUAAUAAUAAUAAUCAUAACCAAUCAAAUAACCCACGUCAUUGGAUGUUAAGACGACCUCUGCGUGAUGAUCGUUCCCAUACUGUUUUUAUACUGGGUGAUAGAAGUUCUGCUAAUAAUUCAAGUUUAUCAACAACACAGGCAGCUUUUGCGAUACCGAGAAAUCAUAAAAUUCAUCAGAAUGUACCCCGACUGAUAAAUUACAUUCAGGAGCCAAAUGUUGGACUGGGUUACAUUAAGGAAUUAUGUUUUUCGGCAGAUGGACGACUGAUAUGUUCCCCAUUUGGUUUUGGUAUAAGACUACUUGGAUUUUCAAAUGAGUGCCAGGAAUUGUCGGCGUGUGUACCCGAUAUGGACCGACCGAGACAGUUGUGUGAAUUAGCUACUACUCUUAGUCAUACGGACAUUGUUCUUAGUACUAAAUUUUCACCAAAACAUUGUUUAUUAGUAUCUGGAUGUUUGAGUGGUAAAAUUGUUUGGCAUCAACCUGUUAUAUAAAAUUUUUUUUAUAAUGUUUAAGUAGUCGACAAUUUAAAUCUCACAUGCGGUAAUAAUGUAUCCUUUAUUUUUAAAUAUUCAAGUAUGUCUGCAAAUUAUAAUUAUAUCUAUGAUUGGUCAGUUGGGUCGAUGCCAUUUUGUGGUCGGUGCCGGCACUGUCCCAAUCGGGUCUUGUAUUUGAAUUCGGCUUGUACGCAAAACUUCCAAUUAUCUUCAGCAAAAAUUUUGAUGAAUAAAAUUUGAAGUUUCGCGCCCAAACUAUGGAAUCUUAUGGGGGUAAAGUAUGCAUUGGUAUUUAAAAUUAGCAGAGUCACAGUAUCUCGAUGCCACAUCAACAAUUUAAAGGUUAGGAAUUAAUGAUUUAACUUUAAUUAGUUAAAUUACAGAAUAACUUUUACUUAAUCAUGACUUAUUUAUACAAAUUUUGAAAUUUUAUUUUCUGUACAAUUAAACAAUAGUCUGAUAAACAAUAAUUUAAUUUAAUGGUUUAAGUUUAUAUUGUUCUAACAAGAGAAUUAACUUCGGGUAUAAUCGGCUUUUUAAGGUUUCGUAUUAGAAAAGUAGGCGCAUGCGCUUCUGAAAAUUUAUGACGAGUGAAACUUGAGCUCCAUUUUCUUUUUGGGACAACUAUAAUUAUAACACCGUAAUUAUUGGUUACAAAAUAAACUAAGCGACUAUUUGAACAUAAAAAUUACAACUUUUUUUUUUUUAAUUAAUCACGAUCGUGAUCGAAUAAUGUAUCAUUAAUUAUAAAUAUCUUAUGAACAAUUUAAUUACUUAUAUUAUCUUUAAUGUAC